AUGCGGGAGAUAUUCUCACUCCUGCUUUGCUGCGCCGCUGCCUGUUGGCUGGCGCCGCCGCGGGCGGUGGCGGCGGAGGGAGGCCGCGGCUCUGAGGCCCGCCUGGUUGCCUUCGGCGACCUUCACGGCGACCUCUUUCGCUGCCGCCAACUGCUGCGGCUGGCCAACGUCACCGACGCCAACGACCGCUGGAUCGCUGGUUCCUCCAUAGUCGUGCAGCUUGGCGACGUCGCCGAUCGCGGGCGACACCCCCACAAGAUUUACGACCUCUUCGCCUCCCUGGAGCAGCAGGCGAAGGCGGCGGGCGGGGAGUUUAUUUUCCUUAUCGGCAACCAUGAGCUGAUGAAUCUCUUGGGCGAACACAGCUACGUGCACCCCGAUGCGAUGGCCGCAUUUGGCGGGGCGGAGGCGUACGCCGCGGCAUUCAGCCCACAGGGCCCUUACGGCUCUUACAUCCUGCAGCACCCGGUGAGUGUGGUGCGCAAGGGGGUCGUGUUUGUGCACGCCGGUAUAACGCCGGCGUACGCCGCGAGGGGUGUGGGAUAUAUCAACGCCGAGCUCACUAAACACUUUUCCCGCGAGCGGCACCACACCGCCUCAAAAGACACAACAAACGGUGAGGAGCACCCGUUCAGUGACUCGGACAGCCCUUUGUGGUCUAGGACCAUCCUUUCUGAGGCCAAGCAGGGCAACUGCUCCCUCCUGCGUGAGUCGCUGCGCUUGCUUUCAAUGCAGGAGGUCUCGGCGGGCCGCUUGCCGGUGCACAUGAUGGUUGGCGGGCACUCCGUCCAGGCGGGGGGCGCCAUUGCAGUGGAGUGCAACGGCAGUCUUGUGGGGGCAGACGUGGGACUGAGCCGCUCUGUGUACCUCAGCGCUGGAUACGUGGCGUACGUUGAGUUGGUGCCGGACGCGAGCGACCCGCCGCGCCUCGUCGCACAGCCGCGGUACCCGUUCGGCAGAGGCGUGCGGGCCCCCGCGCCGUCGCUGCUCGGCGGCCCCGUGCAGCCGCCACGCUGCACUCAGGCCGUCCGGUGCCCUUCGCCAGCGGGAGGGGGAAACCGGGAGUUGGCGGCGCUUCCUCGUGCCGGGCGAGGGAACGAACGCAGCGGCAGUGCAGGGCUUCUUGCGCCGCACUACCAUCUUCUCUUUGUGCUUGCGGGCCUUUCCCUCGUCUGCCUCGUGCGACUGCGGCGGAGGCGACCGACGGGCGGCAGACACCGCGGCGUGUGUGGGCACUGA